AUGGCGAUGCGCUCAAUACGGAAGGCGCGUGGGUGCUGGAGCUUCAUCCGGGCACUUCAUAAAGGACCCGAAGCUGCUCACGCUCCCCAGAAAGAAGCCGUAAAGCGAGUGUUCUCUGGCAUUCAGCCUACAGGAAUCCCCCACCUCGGCAAUUACCUGGGAGCCAUUGAGACCUGGGUGAGAUUGCAGGAGGAGCAUGGCUCAGUGCUGUACAGCAUUGUUGACCUACAUUCCAUCACUGUCCCCCAAGACCCGGCUGUCCUUCGGCAGAGCAUCUUGGACAUGACCGCUGUUCUUCUCGCCUGUGGCAUAAACCCAGAGAAAAGCAUCCUUUUCCAGCAAUCUCAGGUGUCUGAACACACACAGUUGAGUUGGAUCCUUACCUGCCUGGUCAGACUGCCCCGGUUACAGCAUUUACACCAGUGGAAGGCAAAGACUGCCACCCAGAAGCAUGGCGGAACCGCGGGCCUGCUCACGUACCCAGUGCUCCAGGCCGCUGACAUUCUGCUGUACAAGUCCACACACGUUCCUGUCGGGGAGGAUCAAGUCCAGCACAUGGAGCUAGUUCAGGAUCUAGCACAAGGGUUUAACAAGAAGUAUGGGGAGUUCUUCCCGGUGCCCAAAUCUAUCCUAACAUCGAUGAAGAAGGUCAAAUCCCUCCGUGAUCCUUCGGCCAAAAUGUCCAAAUCGGACCCUGAUAAACUGGCCACCGUCAGAAUAACGGACAGCGCGGAGGAGAUCGUGCGGAAAUUCCGCAAGGCUGUGACGGACUUCACGUCGGAGGUGACCUACGAGCCGGCCCGCCGGCCGGGGGUCUCCAACCUGGUGGCCAUCCACGCGGCCGUGACCCGCCUCCCCGUGGAGGAAGCGCUCCGCCGCGGCGCCGGCAUGGACACGGCCCGCUACAAGCUGCUGGUGGCCGACGCUGUGAUUGAGAAAUUUGCGCCAAUUAAGAGGGAAAUUGAAAAACUGAAGAUGGACAAGGACCUGUUAAAAAGAUUGAUUUUGUAA